UGAAAGUUGUGAAAGAUAGAGACACGACAACUUUCAGUCAUAUGGUGGCUCUCCAAUUUUUACGGGCCUUCUCUUCAGACUCUCGUUCUACGCCGGGCAUCACUGCUCUUGCCCGUAUUGGUCAUCGCAUCGACCCUGCACUCUUUGUGCGUGCCAUGGAGGUUUGCCGUUGGCCCGGGUCAACGAUGGACAAGGAGAACUCUCUCGAGCUUUGGCAAGAGAUCGCUCUUCAUCUCGAUCUCACAGACGUCCUCGCCCUCGGGAUGGUUUCAGAACUGUGCCGUCAAGCACCCUCGAUGGUACUCCAUUAUCCUCACGUCAGCGCUCAUCGCCUUGUCGGCUGUCGCCCUUCUGCUACCUCGAAUGGUAUAUUAACGGAUCACACCCGUGGCGUUCUUAUUGCCAAUGCCGCUUGGACGGCGUGGCGUGUCCUUGUCCUACUCCUCAGUUGAAUCGGUCUGUGGAUUAUGAGUGACCAGGGCUGCGCCGGAGUAUGUGGGCCGCCCACCGUUUGAAGUUGAGCAGGUGCUUGCGGCUGUCGGUUUCCCUUCCACCCCACCCAACGACACUCUAUGCUCACCCCCAGAACGCGCCGCUGUUGAUAACCCAUGUUCCUGCCCACACAUGAAUGGCGUGCACAAGGCAAGACUGCCUCCACUGGCAUAAAGUCUGACGGAUGGUCAGAUAAGUACUAGUAGCUGCUAUUUGUUGACUGGAUCUUAGACUGCCUAAUAUGAUUAUGAUUCACCCACAAGUCUAUCGCGUU